AUGGAUGAGAGACUGGGAAGCAGCCUGCUGGACCUGCCGCUCGAACUACGCGCCCUCGCCGAUUUCCUCAGCGUCGACAACAGCCCUACCACCAUCUUGCGCGUGCCGGCGCAUGAGAGCGAGCAGUGCGAGACGGUCUACUGCAACGAAGCGUUCCAAACCCUUCCAAGUCCCGAGAAAGAGCUGGAGGAUCUCCAAGGCGCCCUCAAGCGGACCCUCGCACUAGACAGGGAUCUUCACAACCGACAUUUAUCUGGCGCAAGAUGGCAGACAAGAGUUUCAAAGAAUUACUGCAUCGCCACUGCAGUCGUUGGCAGGGCACACAUUAUCGAUCAGCGUCCGUUCGAGCUCAACGCUCAAGGAGUCAAGGUGCAUAGUAACGGAUACUCGAACGGAGAUGUGCCGUCGAAGCAGAAUGGUCACGUCAACGGCGAUGCUCUUGACUCGGAAUAUGAGCCCUCGAAACGAUGUCUGGAUUGGACAAGGAGCGACACCCCCAGCGUAUCUCCAUGGACGGACUUCGUGAGGAGUGUCGAUUGGGCUUCCACUGCAGUAGGCCCAAUGGAUUCCUGGCCGAUGCAGCUACGCCAGUACGUGAUGGCUAUCAUGGUCAAUCCAAAUCCACGUAUUUUGGUAUGGGGUGAUCAUUGGGUAUUCUUUUACAAUGAAGCUUGCGUACAGCUUUUUGGCAAAAAGCAUCCGGAAUGCAUGGGACAGCACACCUCAGUUGCGUUUUCUGAAGCCUGGCCCGAGAUUGAGCCUUUGAUCGGCACUGCCUAUCGAGGGGAAACACUCAAGGUUGAGCGUGCGCUCAUGUCGAUCGAGAGGAAUGGGUUUCUCGAAGAGACCUACUGGGACUUCACCCUUCUACCUGUACUCAGUCUGGAUGGCCACGCGAUGGGGGCCCUGGAUGAAAUCACGGAGGUGACCACAAGUGUGACUGGUGAGCGUCGGCGUAAUGCUGUAAGCUCUCUUACUGAGUACAUCGAGACUGCGAGCACGCUACCCCAAUUGUGGAGCGCCGUUCUUGAAAGCCUGGGGUCUUCCAGUGUGGACAUACCGUUCGCAAUGCUCUACGCAGUGGUCGAUGAUGUACCUGAGACGAACGAAACUGAGUCCAUAUCAACAGAGUCUCAAUCGAACGCUCCACAUAAGAAGACCGUUCUAGCGGGCACAGUAGGUCUGGGCAGCGACCACCAGGAUGCGGUGGAGACCUUUGCACUGUUGGAGCACAUUGAGACUGGUCCAGGGCUGGUUUCAUCAUGCUUACAGGCUUGGAAAGGAGGCCGUCCCAUCAUGGUCUCCACCGAAGACGGCACGCUACCAGAAUCACUCGCCACUGGUGUUCCUGGUCGAGGAUUCGGAGAUUCGUUGCGCAAAGCCAUUAUUUCCCCUAUCAAGUCAACAACUACGGGAGGCGAGGUACUCGCCAUCCUUGUGACAGGCCUGUGUCCCCGCGCUCCUAUCAACGCCGAGUACAAGCUGUACUUGCAGAUCACCAUCGAGUUCAUUGAGAAGGCAGCAGCUUUGAUCUCUUUGCCCGAGGAGUAUCGUCGAACGCAGAAGAUUUCCGACGAUAUUAACAAUGCGUUGGCACAACAACUGAAGCUGACUACUCUCAAGGCAGAGAGGAGUGAGGCCAAGUUCUCUCGUCUGGCAGCGACUUCUCCCACUGGAAUGUUCCUGCUCGACUCUGAAGGAAGGGCUUUAUACGUCAAUGAUACAUAUCUCGACAUGCUUGGCCUUCCUCCCGAUGAUAGCGUUGUCAAAAGGCCCGAAGGAUCGGCAUGGAAGGAGCAAGUCCAUGAAGAGGAUCUUGAUCGGUUUAUCGAAACAUGGGAUGUGCUCAAAGAACAGAAGGUUCCCAUUACAAUCGAAUAUCGCUCGAAGAAGCCGUGGAAGUCGACAGACAAAUCUGGCCAAGAGAUGUCAGGCGAAAGUUGGCUGUUGGCCACUGCCUUCCCAGAGAUCGAAGCAGAUGGCUCAGUCUCGACCAUUCAGGGAUGGCUGACAGACAUAUCUCAUCGGAAAUUUUCCGAACAACUGCUCUCGCAACGGCUUGAAGACGCUCUAGAGAAUAAACGACAGACUGAAAACUUCAUCGAUAUGACAUCCCACGAAUUGCGCAAUCCGCUGAGCGCUAUCUUGCAAAGCGCAGACUCGAUCGUGUCGACGCUUGACGCUGCUGGACCGGGGUCGAGUCUUCGCGAUGAGGAGAUCUCAUUGUCCGCACGCACGGUGGAAGAGAUCGUCGAUGCUGCUCAAACGAUCAUUCUGUGUGCUCAGCACCAAAAGCGCAUUGUGGACGACAUUCUGACGCUAUCAAAACUCGACGCAAGUCUGCUGGUUAUUUCACCUGAGAAAGUGCAACCACCCAUGCUUGUCACGAAAGCAUUGAAAAUGUACGAGGCGGAGAUUGCGCGAGCCGGCAUCGAUGCUCAACUUUGUAUCGAGCCAUCCUACGAGGAAUUAGGUGUUGACUGGGUUAUUCUGGACCCCAGCCGCCUGCUUCAAGUCGUCAUCAAUCUCUUGACGAAUUCGAUCAAGUUCACGCAAUACAGCACGGAACGCAGAAUCAAGGUCUGUUUGGGAGCCUCCUACCAGGCUCCUUCCGGCAAGCAUCACGGUAUCAGCUUCGUCCCCGUCAGACAUGCGCGGCAUGCACGGACUCCAGCCAUCGAGUGGGGCGAAGGUGAGGAUAUAUACUUACAGAUUGCCGUCUAUGACACUGGUCGUGGGUUGAGCGAGGACGAGAUGAAAGUCCUCUUUCAACGCUUCUCGCAGGCCUCGCCAAAAACGUACAAGCAAUAUGGUGGUAGUGGACUCGGCCUCUUCAUCUCUCGUGAGCUGUGUGAGCUCCAAGGCGGGCAGAUUGGUGUUGCGAGCGAGAAGGGAAAGAGAACUGUCUUCACAUUUUACGUCAAAGCGAAGCGGUGGAUACCAGAUUCUCCAAGGAUGGCGAGGCGGCCGCCUGUCACUCGCUUUGCGAGCACAUCCGCCAGCCCGGUGGCUUUCAGUAGACGAGGCAGCGCUGUUCUCCAAAAUGUCAGCAACCAAAUGGGACACGAAACGAAGGAGAGCGAGGCAAUAUGCGAAGUAUUCGAGCCGCAAUCUGACCAGAGCUCCACGGCCCAGCAGCUGAAAGUCCCUACACCGACCACCAACGGCGCGCACAAAACUGAGAUGCAUGUACUCAUAGUAGAGGACAAUCUGGUCAACCAGAAGGUCAUGUCGCAGCAGCUGAGGAGAGCGGGUUGUGUCGUGCAUGUCGCAAACCACGGCGGCGAAUGUUUGGACUUCCUGGAGAAGUCGACAUUCUGUUCCUCAGACACAAUGUUGCAUGUAAUCUUACUGGACCUCGAGAUGCCUACGAUGGACGGGCUGACGUGUGUAAAGCACAUUCGCGAGAGGCAACUCAGCGGCAAAAUCACUGGCCAUGUUCCAGUCAUUGCAGUGACUGCCAAUGCGCGAAAUGAGCAGAUCUCUAUUGCCAUCGAUGCUGGCAUGGACCAAGUUGUCACCAAACCCUUUCGCAUUCCGGAGCUUGUCCCACAGAUGGAGGCUCUGGUCGCAGAAGUUGCUUGGGCAAAGCAAAACUUGACUUGA